GAGAGAAGAGGGACUUGCCCUCCAGCCGCCUGGUUGCUGCGAGAGGCUCUGUCACUGUUGCUGUUCUUUCCGUUUCUUUGGCCACCAGUCGCCACCGCCGCCGCUCUGCGUCUCACCAAGGCGGAAGGUUGAUCAUUCAGAUCUCCUCAGUUUGAGGCAAAGACGAUAUAUCAUUGGACUGUAACUAUGCCACCUAAGUUUAAACGACACUUGGAUGAUGAUGACGUGACAGGUUCUGUAAGAAGUGAAAGGCGGAACCUGUUAGAAGAUGACUCUGACGAGGAAGAAGACUUUUUCCUAAGGGGGCCUACUGGACCUAAAUUUGGACCAAAGAAUGACAAGAUUAAACAUGUUCAGAAUCAAGUUGACGAGGUUAUUGAUGUGAUGCAGGAGAAUAUCACCCGAGUGAUUGAACGAGGAGAGCGGCUUGAUGAACUACAAGAUAAAUCUGAAAGUUUAUCUGAUAAUGCCACAGUUUUCAGCAACAGAGCAAAGCAGUUGAGACGUCAGAUGUGGUGGAGGGAGUGUAAGAUGAAGGCCAUCAUAUCGGUGGUUGUCGUAAUUGUCUUGUUAGUUAUCAUCAUACCUGUAAUUUUGAAGAAUCGCUCAUGAUGAGACAUGCACAGUGAUAAUGCAGGAAAGUUACUGCCUCAGUCUCUAGAAACUAUUGGAGAUACAUGUAUAAUAUCUCGGUUAUAGUUCUAUUCAUUUUGUACAGAAGAAAUCUGCACUCAUGAGCACUCAACAUAACGAUUCCCUUCUGGAAUAGGGGACCAAUGCAUUACCUAACUGCUAUUGACAGGAAGGGUAGUUUAUUUCCUUUUAAGUAUAUUGCUUCAUUGCCAUGAAAGAUUUUUUAAAAUCGUUGCAGAUAAUUUGAUUUUAGUGAAAUGUGGUAUCUGAACAAGUUAAUUGUCAUCCAGCUUUCCCCAGUUUUCUUGUGGGAAACACCUCACAUUUGGGUACACAAGUCUAAUCAACGAAAGCUGAUGUGCUUUUGCACAGUGAAGAGCAUUUCAAGAAAACCCACUCCCUUUCACUUUCUCAGAUGCGUAGAUACAAGGUUAUUCCAGCAAGGUCAAUAGAAAAGGGGUCAGAUGUAAGUACCUAAGCUAAUAUGAUACUGAGCCUAUUUGCAUCUUAUUUUCCAUCAAAGCAGAAAUGUACCAACCCUGCAUAAUCAUGGCGUUGAGCACAGUCUUUCAGUGUGGUUUACUACUGCAAUAAUUGACCAAACCAUUAAAUAAAUAUUUGACAUUUGUACUGAGGUGGAGGAGGACUGAGUGAAUUCUACAAUGAAGCAAAGAUCAAUUCAUAGAACCCUGUUUCUGAGCAGAAUUUUUCAGUCGUGAUAUUUGUUAAAUUACUUAAAGUUGUUGAUAAUAAAUUACAUGCAAUUAUAUUUUUGACAAUGCCAAACUGUUGUUUUACUUUGAAUAUUCUUUGUCAUGUAUGUUUUAAGAUGUGUUUUGCUUCAGAAUUUUGGAUUUAUUUGAUUGUAAAUUUACUUUGUAAUAAAAUCCAUAAUAACCAGUAGAUCAUCCAGAUUGCCACUUGCACAUGAUGUUUGGUGAUUGGAUUCACUUGAUCUUUGUUGGGUGAGAUGGAUUUUUAUUAUUUGCUUUAUACCUCAGGAGUAAAUUAUCUCUGACCGUGCACUGAGUCAGCUGUAGUAUGACUAUGCCUGUGGAAAGUUACUUUUUUAACGUAAAACAACUUUCUGUCCUGUUUUCAAAAGGGAAAAUUCGAUUCCUACAUUCUCGAUCCUUGCCAGUGUUAGGGAGCUAAUAGCAUGUGUCGAAGGGGAGGCCUGUUGCCUCUUUGUUCUUUAGGGUAUAGUUGGAUAGUGUAACUCAGGCUGAGAAAUACCCCCAAUUUAACACUGUGUGCAGUUUAAUGGGGUGACAAAACAUCAAAUUGUAUGUUUAUUGUUAUGCUCUUUUCUUAGUGUUUCAGUUAUUUUUUUAAAACCAUUGUUUCUUUAUCCGACACACAUCAAAGUUGCUGGUGAACGCAGCA